CCGGCAUGGCGGCGGCGGGCGAGGAACCGGGCGACCCGAGCCCCGAGGACUUCGUGUACGGGGAGGAGGACUUCGUCCUGCAGGCAGCCGGCUGGGAGGGCGACCCGGGCUCCGCGCCGUCCCGCUUCGACCGGGCGCUGCUGGAGGGAUGGAGCGACAGGAUGGAGCGGGGCCUGUUCCGGUACCGGCUGGGGCCGCUGCCCACCCGCGUCCUGCCCGGCCCCCUGGGCCUCCUGGCCCAGCUCAACGAGCAGCGCGGCGCCGCCCGCCGCCCGCCGCAGCCCGUCCUCAGCCUCCGCCAGCCCUUCGACCCCGCCGCCUUCAACUUCACCCGCCUGCGCCCCGCCGAGCUGCUGCUCCGCCUGCGCCGGGCGGGCCCCGGCCCCGCCGCCCCGGACCCGGUCUGGGUGGCGAUCAACGCCAGCCCGCUGGACCGGGGCCACGUCCUGCUGCUGCCGGAGCCGGCGCGGGGGCUGCCGCAGGCGCUGCCGGCCGCGGGGCUGCGCGCCGGGCUGGAGGCCGUGCUGCUCAGCGCCCACCCGGGAUUCCGCCUCGGCUUCAACGGGCUGGCGGCCGGCGCCUCCGUUAACCACCUGCACCUGCACGGCUUCUACCUGCGCCGCCCGCUGCCGCUCGAAUCCGCGCCCGCCCGCCCGCUCUGCCCGCGCCGCCGCCUCAGCCUGCUGACCGGCGUCCCGGCGCCCGCCUUCCUCUUCUUCGCCGCCGGUCCCGCCGCGCUGCCGGCGCUGGCGGGGGACGUGUGCCGGGCGGCGGAGCACCUGCGGGACCGCGGCUUGGCUUACAACGUCUUCGCCACCCGGGGGGACCCGCCGGCGGGGGGGGGGGGCGCGGCGGGGCGGGGGCUGCGGGUGCUGCUGUGGCCGCGCCAGCCCCGCUUCGGCGCCGAGGCGGGCGCGGGGUUCGGCGUGGCGGUCUGCGAGCUGGCGGGGUUCCUGCCGCUGCCCGCCGCGCCGCUCUUCCGCGGCAUCACCGAGACCCAGGCGCUGCGCGUCAUCCAGGAAAGCCUCCUGCCGGAGCCGCAGCUGCUGCGCCUCGGCGGGGACCUGCUGCGGCUGCUGGAGGGCUGAGCUGCGCGGGGCCGGGGCCAGGACCGGGGCCGGGACCGGGACCGGGGCCGCUCCCCGCACCGGGACCGGGGCGUCUGCCUUCCCGCCAUCCGCCAGGGGGCGCUGCGCGGCGGCUGACCACCGGGAAGAAGG